AUGUCUAUCCGCCGCACGGGAACGAGAAGGGUGCCUCACGGCGCCCCUGGGGCUCCGAAGCCCAAGACGACGUAUCAGACGGUUCAGCAGGGCUUCAGGGAACUGUACAAUCCUCAGAAGGAGACUGGGUCUGCCAUUGAUGUUGAUGUUAUCUUUGUGCCUGGAUUAGGUGCCCAUCCGGAGGACAGCUGGAAGUCGGAAGCCGGUUUCAACUGGGCAACCGGAAUCUAUGAGGGUGUCACGAAAAACUCGUCUGAAUCUACCAGCAAAAAGGAUGGUCUGGCGAGGGACUUCCCCAAGGCUCGCAUACUUUUGUACCAGUAUGAAUCAGCAUGGGUUGGGGAUCUCAAAGUCAAGACUUUCUUGAGAGACAUUGCCAAAUCAAUGUUGGAAGGGCUGCAAGCGAAUCGUGAAAAAAUAAGAGAUCGCCCCAUUGUCUUUAUCGGACACAGCAUGGGAGGUCUGGUUAUUGCCAAGGCUAUCACACUUGCAGCAGAAACAUACAGGGAAAUCUUCCCAAGGCUGUUUGAGUGCAUCGCUGGAUGCGCCUUCUUUGGAACGCCGUUCGGCGGUGCUCAAGUUGCCGCCAUCGCCUCCAUGCUGGGUAGUAUCGGCGAACAACUCGGGUACACCAAGUCGUCGGCGUUGGUAGAUAUGAUGAAGCCCGGAGACGAGAGCUUGAACGAGCUCCGAGGCGACUUGCUGCGGUUAGCUGCCAAAAUGAGCCCGCACGUCCAGCUCUUUUGCUUCUACGAGAAUCACCCAACGGACUUUACUCAAGCAAAGCUAGGCCCAACCAUGUCGAAAAUCGCAAAGACGGUCGUUUCCAAGAAGCUGCAAGACUUCGUGUCCAGAGAGUCGGCGACAUUACCUGGAAUCCAGGAAAUGGGUCUUGCCGCCAACCAUCGAGAUCUUGUAAAGUUUAGCGACUUCAAGGACCCCCGGUACCAACUCGUCAGAGAGCCGCUUAAGAGACUCAUUCAUGGCGCCAACCUGGUCGCCAAAAACAGACUCAACUCAACCCGUGGAAUCGAGCCAGAGGUUGUCAACAAUGUCAUGGAGUUGCUGAACGGCGGUCAAGUCUCGAAGAAGCGCAAAAUGCUUGCGCCUCAGUUCCCACCAUCGAUCUGGAUUCCCAAGGCGGAGGCAUACUUGGAGUGGUUGAAAGAGGACCACGAAGCGGGGAGCGCGACACAAAAGCACAGAGGACAGGCACUGUACGUCCGCGGUCCAGAGGGAAGAGGAAAGACGCGAGCGACUAUGGCGGCCCUCCAGGACAUCGACAACAUCAUCUCAGCCGACGAAAAGGUGAACCACGGGCGAGGAGCCGCCCUCGUUGCGUACUUCUUCUGCGACCCGUCUUCGGACUUUUUGACUGCUGAGGACUUGCUGAAGUCGCUGGUGCGGCAGCUCAUCGGCCAGCAAGCCACCUUGUCUGUGUACGCGAAGCACUUUGUGAAGAAGAAGGGCGAAGAUUCGUCAAAAACUUCGGCGAAUCUCACAGUGGAGAACCUGUGGCAGACUCUUCAGGAUAUUCUCACAGACGAGUUUAUCGGUCGCAGAGUCUACUUCGUCAUCAACAACUUGCACGUUCUGCCUGAAGAUGCCGAGUCAACUGUCAAGUUGAUGCGGUUCCUCAACGCCGAGCUGCAAGAACUCAAGACAGAGGACGACAAGCGAGUGCCUACCAGAUGGUUUCUCACAAGCCGGGAAGUCCAUCACGUGGAAGACUCGUUGAAGGUGGACGGAAUCCAACUCAUCGAUCUCGAGGAUGACAAGUACUGCGACCAGGUUCAGCGGGAGCUGCGCAAGGCGGCACAGGAGAAGGUGCAAAAACUCGGCGAGGACAAGAAUUACAACAAGGCGCUCACAUACUAUGCGAGCAGUCUAAUUGGUAAGAGGGCAUCCAACAGUCAAUGGAUCAAGCUUUCCUGCAUGCAGCUUGCGGAGCUCCCUAAAGCAGAAAGUGAUCUCAAGAUUAGACACAUGCUUGAGGGUAUGCCUCAGGAGCUCAAGGCUCUCUUGGACGCUGCGUGGGCGCAAAUCUUUCAAUCAAACGAAAAGGAGACCGACAAGAUAAAGGAGCUGCUGCGGACACUCGUUUUGACGUUUGAAGAGCCUACCGAGGAUGAGCUUGUUGUUUUGGCGGGCUUUCCUGCCACAGAAUCAGGAAAGGCUGAGCUUCAAGAUUUGGUGAAGAAGUGCAGGCCGUUGUUGACGGUGACGAGAAGCGGCAAGUCUGAAAAUACCAUUGGCUUCAUGGACAGGGUCGUCAAAGAACAUCUCCUGGAAAAGGAGACGUCCAGAAAGACGCUUGGCAUGUCGAAUGACGAAAACAAGUGGCAGCAAGGCAUCAUUGCGCUCCGGUGCUUGGCUCACAUCAAGGAAGCGUUCAACUUUCCUGAGGAAGUGAAGCUUGUUGUUGAGGAGGGUCAGGAGGAAAACGAAGAGGCAGAGACCCAGUCUGCCAAGGACGAGGACGAGGAGGGUGAAGUAUCCGAAGCAGAUGGGGAGGAGAGCGCCGCUACUGAGUCUGAGCAAGACGAUUCGGACAGCGACACGGACUGGGACGACGAUGAAUCCACCUACGGCUAUCAAGACGACGAGGCCGAAGAGGCGAGAAUACUGGCCGAGAAGGUACUACCCUACCCCAUCAAGCACUGGCUGCACCACGCCAGCAGAGCUACACUGGAGAUCGCGGAGGAUCUCAGCGAGGAUGAGUUUUGGAAGAAGCCGGAGUCUUUGAUUAGGUACCGGUGGCUCGUCGUCUACAUGUCCAUGACGAAAGUGCUCGAUGGCUUUGAAGCCAAGGAGUUGACUGCUUUGCAUAUCGCCGCUGCGGUCGGAUUCAAGCAGCUUGUCUCCGCGCUCAUCCAGAACGGCCAUGAGCACGAGAUCAACAAGAGGGACAAUCUCGUCAAUACCCCUCUUCAUUUCGCCGCAUACAUAGGCAGACCAAACAUCGUGGACGAGCUUCUCAAAAGAGGCGCCAGUAUCGACGAUGGUAUCGAUAUCGGCGAGCAGACUCCGCUACACAUGGCGGCAUUUGCUGGCCACGUCAAAGUCAUGGAAAAGCUCAUCAAGAGGGGCGCAAAUGCCAACGCCAUUGCCAGUGAUGUCGGCCCAGUCAUGAAUGCCGCCAUUUCUUCCGGUAGUCCAGAUGCCGUCAAGCUACUUGUCGAGAAGCAGGUUUCGCUAGCCGUCGAGGACGAUAACAUUGACUCGCCUCUGGCGUUGGCUGGUCUCCACGCAGACCUGUCCAUGUUUGAAUAUCUCACGCAAACCUACGCUGACAAGCUCCCGGCCAAAGAGUUUGACAAGGCCUUCAUCAAGGCUGCCGUUUCUGGCAGGGUGGACGUGUUCAACAAGUUACUGACUUACUCUCACCCCCAAGAGUGCUUCCAGACUGCGCUGAAGGUGGCGGCAGAGGAGGAGAACUGGGACAUUGUCAUGAUACUUCUGGAGCAGCGCAGAGGUCUCGACUGCAGCGAUCUCUUCCUUAGUGCGGCAACUACGGCGGAGCAUCAAGACAAAGUCUUGGAGGCUGUCUGGAAAUAUACCAACGGGAACAUCAGACCGGAGAUUCUCAAUGAGAGUCUAUAUGAGGCUACUGAUCUCGAGAAGGAGUCUACAGUCAGGUUGCUGAUUGAUGACUUCAAAGUCAAUCCUAACGCCACUGGAGAAUAUUAUGGAACCGCCUUGACUGCCGCAGCAUAUGAUGGCACCCUCGCCAUCGUCAAAUUGCUCCUGGACAGAGGUGCUGAUGUUGACGCACCAAACGGGUGGGCUAUCCAGGCCGCUGCUGCGGAGGGCCAUUACGACGUGGUCAAAGAGCUUCUCAACCGAGGUGCCGACGUCAAUGAUCUUACCACAAACGAGAACUUCCCACAAGGAACGGCUCUACAGGUCGCUUGCGAAUCGGGUAAGGUGGAAAUUGUCACACUCCUGCUUGAGCGUGGUGCCAACCCCGACCUCGGCACUGGAGAAGAUACCUGCCCGAUCAUCGCCGCUGCCAUGAAAGGAGAACAGGCGAUUCUCGAGCUCCUUGUCAAAGCCAAGGCCGAAGUCAACGUCUUUGGAGGCUGGGACAAUUCGACAGUCUUGAUCAACGCCGUCAUCAACCUUCCGGUCGAGUCACUGCGCGUUCUUGUGGAUGCGGGUGCCGACGUCAACCUGGCUGACCAAGAGGCCGACACACCCUUAAUUGUGGCCGCUCGGGAAGGAGAUGCGGACAGCGUGAGGUUCCUCUUGGAUAAUGGCGCCGACAUCUUCCACGUCAACGAGGACAACGAGAAUGCCCUUCAAUCAGCCAUACAGUACGGAGACGACGAAGACUGUACAGCAGUGCUCGUGGAACGUGUCUCGGAACUCAUGGCGGCUUUGAGCAAGGCCAUGAAGAAUGGUAAUACGGCUGUGACUGAAGUGAUCCGCAGCGCUGCUAUUGCACACCAGGGUCUCAAUUACGACGACGACGAAGAUGCAAAGUCGACACAGAGUCAAGAUGACAAGCAGCCGACGGGCUCCGAGGAUAGAGGCGAUGUCUUCGACGAAGACAAUGACAAAGGUAGCGACGAAGACACCCCUCGGACGGAGUCAUUCCCCCACAGCGCCAAGAGAGUCGACAACGCAGCGUCCGAGGAAAGCGCUUAUCGGCCCGUGAGAGAACUAUCCGAGGAGCUCGAGGCCGCCCUCGUCACCCAGGUCUCGUUACUUCAAAACUUUACCUCCCCACCGCCCCGGCCAGAAAAGGUACCGGAGCGAGAGCAACCCGUGGAGAUGCCGCCAACGACGAUUGCGGAACUGCCCUCCCAGCGCAGAUACUCCCAGCAAAUGCAGCUAGAGGAGCAGUUAGGCCACUACGAAUUCGACCAGCUCACCCGUAUGGACUCCUACUCGAAGCCCGCCUUUGUCAAGCAGCCGACGCUGCAGUGGGCCACGCAAGCCGAGAGCCUGCCCGCCAGCGAACCGCUCCUCUCGCCCGGCCAGGCCCCGAUCCGACGGAAGCCGGCGCCCAACACGACGACGUUCGGCGCAUCAUACACCCAGAACGCCUCACCCGCGCCGUCAAAUGUGUCAAACAGCCAAUUCUCACCACCGGCGCCCUCGGCCACGCUCCGUAGAGCGAGUAUGGACCAGCGCUCCUCGUACCAGAACUCCACCUCGUAUCCGGGAGCGCCUACGUACCAGGGAGGAGCGGGAUACGCCGCCAGCCAGACGCACCUCGCUUCUUCUUCACAACCCCCGCCGGCCGCAUCCGCGACCAACCUUGGCCGGAUGUCGGUGGACUACCACGCCCCGUACGACCCGUCGUCGUUUGACAGACCGACGUACAGCCCGGGGACAACGCCGCCGCAGAAGACGCAGCCGUUCCCGGAUCUGCCGUUCCAGCCGCCGGGUGCAUGGCAGAAUAGCCCUCCUCUUGCGGGUAGUCAACAGCAGCAGUCUUAUUUUGGCCCGAUGAGUGGAUCGCCGCCUCAGCAGCAGCAACAGCAGCAGGAGUGGGUUGGUCAGGAUGGAAGUAGGCCUGAUAUGAAAUCCCAUCGCUCCUCUUUCUUGGGGAUGAAGAACACAUUGGAUAAGGCGAAGCAGUUUAGCACGGGAAUCAUGAACCGGAGACCGUCAGGAUUUUGA